UUCAAUAAACUCAGCAGUUAGAGUCAGAGUCACUGUGUGAGUCAAAGGAUGUCUCUGUGGUUCACUGUUAGUUUAUAUAAAUGUGAUCAGACUGGUUGUGGUCCCUGACAGAAGUAGAGCAGCUGGUGCAGCUUCCUCUGCCUCCCACUGUCUGACUGCAUCCAGCUGACACUGAUAUGAACCACAGAAGAAGAGACAAUCAGCGGAGGAGCAGCUGAUGAUGAUGGAGGAGGAUUUGAGUUGAUGUAAAGAUGAAUGAUUUGUGUUUCUUCUCCACAUGAAGGUAGAAAGUGUGAAUCCAGCAGCAUGAAUCAGUGUGAGGAUAGAGAGGAGGGAGCCCCUCCCUCUAAAACCAGUCUGUGUGGGGACCAUGAGAACCAGAACAAAGCUCAGAGGUCCCAUCAGAGAAGAGGAUCUGCUGAACCUGGACCUGGACCCAGCUGUGUGUCCUUCAAGAGCGACUGGUCAAAUGAUCAUAUUAUUAAUUUCAAAGACCAACCUGUAUCAGAGUCACAAGUGGACCAGCAGAGCUCAGAGGUUCCCAGUGCUCAGUCUGUCCAGCAGCACCAAACACACCUGGACUCCAUAUUUAUGCUGCUGGAGGAAAACAUUGUCACGUUUGUGAAGAAGGAGCUGAAGAAGAUGCAGAAGGUUCUGAGUCCAGAUUACCCAGAAUGCUUAGAGAGUCAGAGGGAGGAUGAGGAGGAGUUGGAUGGUGAGGAUGAAGAGCAGAGGAAGAGCAGCAGAGACGUGUUUCUGAAGAUCACCGUGAACUUCCUGAGGAGGAUGAAGCAGGAGGAACUGGCUGACUGUCUGCAGAAUCUGAUGGUUCUAGUACCAGAGCCACGGCCCAUCACAUAUUACCAGCAGAUGCUUCAAUCAAACCUCAAAGACCAGUUUCUGUGUGUGAAACCAGGCUGGUCAGAAGUCGACCAACGUCUGGAUGACAUCUACACAGAGCUGUACAUCACAGCUGGGCCGGAUUCACACAUCAACACACAGCAUGAGGUCCAACAGGUUGAGACGACACAGCAGAAGCAAAGAUCAGCAGAGGAGCCAGUGAAGCCCAGUGACCUGUUCAAACAUCCCCCUGGUAAAUACAGACGCAUCAGAACAGUGCUGACCAAUGGAAUCGCUGGGAUUGGAAAAACAGUCCUUGUGAACAAGUUUGUGUUGGACUGGACCCAACAAAGGUCCAAUCAAGACGUGCAUCUGAUUUUCCCCUUCACCUUCCGUCGGCUGAAUCCACUGAAGGGACAGAAGUUUAGUUUGUCAGAGCUCAUUCAUGAAUGUAUCCCAGAAACUGAGUCCAUCAGCCUGGAGGCUCUGAAUUACAUCUUUACACAUCUACAGUCAUCAGGAAACAGCAACUAUGACCAGAGCAGCUUCAAACUUCUGUUUGUGUUUGAUGGACUGGACGAGAGUCGCCUCCAACUGGACUGUAGCACCAGUGAGAAGGAGACGGGUCAACGUGACGUCACAGAGUCCACCUCAGUGGAUGAGCUGCUGACAAACCUCAUCAGAGGAAAACUACUACGCUCUGCUCGCAUCUGGAUCACCACACGACCUGCAGCAGCCAAUCAGAUUCAUGGAGACUUUGUUGAGGUGGUGACGGAGGUCAGAGGGUUCACUGACCCACAGAAGGAGGAGUUCUUCAGGAAGAGAUUCACAGAUGAGGAGCAGAGCAACACAAUCAUGUCCCACAUCAAGACGUCACGAAGCCUCCACAUCAUGUGCCACAUCCCAGUCUUCUGCUGGAUCACUGCUACGGUUCUGGAGGAUCUGCUGGAAACCAGAGAGGGAGGAGAGCUGCCCAAGACCCUGACGGAGAUGUACGCAGAGUUCCUGGGGUUUCAGAUGGAUCGGACUAAAGACAAGUACGGACCAGAACAGAGCAGCAACUACAUCAAGUCAUUGGCUAAACUGGCUUUUAAGCAGCUGCUAAAGGGAAACUUGAUCUUCUAUGAGGACGAUCUGAAAGAGAGCGGCAUCGAUGUCAGAGGAGCCUCAGUGUGUUCAGGAGUGUUCACAGAGAUCUUUAAACAGGAGCGAGGGAGGAAAACCAAGGACAAGAUGUUCAGCUUUGUUCAUCUGAGCGUUCAGGAGUUUCUGGCUGCUGUUCACAUGAUGCUCUGUUACACCAACGGGAAGAUGGAGGAACUGGAGGAGUUUCUGAGGAAAGACGGAACAAAUAAACGUCAUCAUUUUUCUUCUUUUUAUUAUUAUAACAAAGUUUAUUCAUCUCUGGAUGUUGUCCUGAACAGAACCAUGUUUAAAUCCCUCCUCAGUCCAAGUGGCCACCUGGACCUGUUUGUUCGCUUCCUUCAUGGCCUCUGUCUGGAGUCCAACCAGAGAAUCUUAGGAGGUUUGCUGGGUCACACAGAGAACAGUCCAGAAACCAUCCAGAGAAUCAUCAACAACCUGAAGGAGAUGAACAGUGAUAGAAUCUCUCCAGACAGAAGCAUCAACAUCUUCCACUGUCUGAUGGAGAUGAACGACCACUCAGUCCAUCAGCAGAUCCAAGAGUUCCUGAAGUCAGAGAACAGAUCAGAGAAGGAACUCUCCUUGAUCCAGUGCUCAGCUCUGGCCUACAUGCUGCAGAUGUCAGAGGAGGUUCUGGAUGAGUUGAACCUGAACCAGUACAAGACAUCAGAGGAGGGACGACAGAGACUGAUUCCAGCUGUGAGGAACUGCAGAAAGUUUAAACUUUCUGACUGUGGACUCACAGAGACUCACUGUGAAGUUGUGGCCUCAGCUCUGAAGUCCAACCCGUCACAUCUGACACAUCUGGACCUGAGUAACAACAACCUGCAGGACUCAGUGGAGGUUCUGUGUGCUGGACUGGAGAGUCCUCACUGUCGACUGCAGACUCUGAGAUUGUGUCACUGCAGGUUGUCAGAGAUCAGCUGUGAUUCUCUGGUCUCAGCUCUGAAGUCCAACCCGUCACAUCUGACACAACUGGACCUCAGUAGAAACAAGCUGCAGGAUUCAGGAGUGAAGCAUCUGUGUGGUUUUCUGGAGAGUCGUCACUGUCGACUGGAGACCCUGAGAUUGAUUUACUGCAGUUUGUCAGAGAUCAGCUGUGAUUCUCUGGUCUCAGCUCUGAAGUCCAACCCGUCACAUCUGACACAACUGGACCUGAGCUUCAACAAGCUCCAGGAUUCAGGAGUGAAGCGUCUGUGUGGUUUUCUGGAGAGUCGUCACUGUCGACUGGAGACUCUGGGAUUGAGUCGCUGCAGUUUGUCAGAGAUCAGCUGUGAUUCUCUGGUCUCAGCUCUGAAGUCCAACCCGUCACAUCUGACACAACUGGACCUGAGCUUCAACAAGCUGCAGGAUUCAUCGGUGAAGGCUCUUCGUGACCUGGUGCAGAGUCCAGACUAUGGACUGCAGACUCUGAGAUGGAGAAGUUCUGACUGGUCCAAGUUACCUGGAGCAGAGCGUCCUACACAACAGGCUGAAACAGGAACCAGAACAAUAAGAAAAUAAGCGUGUGGUGCAGUAGUUAGACAUCGGGGACAGUGUUGACUGUAUUUCUACUUCAGGCUCCUCUAGAGGUCAGUGACUGAGGACUUACUACCAGCUGGAGCUUUGUUCUUUUCUAACUAUCCUGGGCUCAAAGAGCUACAGGACAACAAAUGGGCUUUAGCUUCUAGAACUAUUGACCGAAUCAGAUCAGAGAGAGACCAGACUGACGGCUCUGCUUCUCUAAUGGAAACCCUGGUCAGAGAACGUUGGCUGUGUCUCUAUCAGAGACCAUGGAUCAGUCUGCAGGUUCACUACUUCCAUGUUCACCACAGUCAGUGAGGACCUGUUAACAUAAAACAGCUGCUAAAGUUUUGCUUCAUUGUGUCCAACUACUUUUGCUUUGUGUUCUGCUGUAAACAGUGGCAAACAGUGUCAGUGGUAAAUACUCCAUCAGGCCACUAGAUGGCGCUCAUCUCUGGAGAGGAGCCCUAAAACCCUACAGAGAUUCUAGUAGUACUGACCCACUGGGUCCUGAUUCAGAACCCACUGGGUACUGAUCCAGACCCACCUACACCUGUGAUGUGUUCACCUGUGGAGGGAGUUGGAUUCUUUACCAAAUGUAUUUGGCUCCAUCAUGAAUUUUAACUAUAACCUAUAAAUGUGUCCUGUGUAUUAAAGAGAGUGUUGUUCAUAUGGUUUUAGUCCAAAUUUAAAAACCUGGAACCAAGAGGAACCUUUUUAUUGUUUUCACUUGUAUAAAACUUGCUUCAUUCUCCAGUGAUGUGUAGUGUUUAAAUACUACUUGGAUCUUUCUGCUUUUUAACAUCCUUCAUUUAUGAUCAAGGAUAAAAAUCUGUUGUUUCAUAUAAUGAACUGAUUUCCAGACCAACGUGUCAGAAGCCAGAACGUGAGCUGGUUCUGGGUGGACUCUUCCAACCACUGGUUCUGUUUCCUCGUCUCCUUCGUCUCAUUUCUCCUCAGUGUUCCAGUCGUGUAGCUGCUUAUGCCUCCUCUAUAGUGGCUGUUAUGUUGGACCAGUAGGAGGCAGCAGCGUGUUUCCAGAUCAGUGAUGCUGGGAGCAGUGAAGCAGCUUCUCACCUGGAGACAAACAUGGAGAAACCCACUGACUGUUCAAUGAACAGGAUGAGCUGCAAGAACUGAGGAUGUGGUUCCAGGAAAACCAAGCACCAAACAAGCUCUGCUGCUUCUAGUUCUGACAGAAAUAUGGCUACAGGAGGGUGAAGCAGG